AUGAUAGCGAAUCGUCCGAUGCAUGAAAUAUUUCUGGAAAAUGUUAGAAAAUGUCCAAAUAAAGAAGCGUACGUUGAGAUCGGUACACAUCGAAGAGUCACCUUUAUGCAAUUCAACGAUCUCACCAAUCGAUACGCUAAUUUUUUCAAGGAUGAAGGAUAUGAAUUUGGAGAUGUGAUAUCGUUAUUUAUGAGUAACAGUAUUGAUUAUGUUGCAGUCUGGAUGGGUUUGACGCUGGAGACAGUAUUCGGAAAUGGUCUUAUGAAUCAAUGCAAAAUAUAUGUCAUCGACACAACAGCUGAGAAUCAUCUGAAUGUAUUUCACAUAAAGGAUAAGAUUUUAAAACAGAAAGCGGAUGAGCCAAAAUCUCCAUCAUCGCUUAAUUUUCAGUCUAUUCUUUGCUACAUCUACACAUCUGGUACUACUGGCCACCCCAAACCAGCGAUUAUUAAACAUUUUAGCACGUUCUGCCAUUAUGUGAAUGAGAUGAGUGUCAUAAUGCAGGCAUGUAAUGAACCAAAAUUAAGAUUCUAUGUGAUGGUGAUGGGAUGCGGAAAAUCGUUCAACAUAAUGUCGACAGAUCGCAUAUAUGUAACAAUGCCAAUGUAUCAUAGUUCAGCUGGAAUAAUUGGUGUUGGACAAGCACUUUUAAAUGCUUCUACAUGUGUUAUUCGAAAAAAAUUCUCGGCGAGUAAUUUUUGGAUUGACUGCAUCAAUUAUGAAUGUACUGUGAGUCAAUAUAUUGGAGAGAUGUGUCGAUAUUUAUUAGCACAAAAAGAAAUACCCGAAGAGAAACUUCACAAGGUGCGUUUGAUGUACGGUAAUGGACUUCGUAUUGAAAUAUGGCGUGAUUUCGUAACUCGUUUUCAUAUCGCUAAAAUCGGAGAGUUUUAUGGUAGCACCGAGGGGAACUCGAAUAUUGUGAAUAUCGAUAAUCGAAUCGGCGCAUGUGGUUUCUUUCCAGUAUAUGCCUUUCUUGCGCCUGUAUAUCCUGUUCGUUUAUUGAAGACAGAUGAAAAGACAGGUGAAAUAUUAAGAAAUAAGAAUGGUUUGUGUAUUGCUUGUAGACCUGGUGAAACUGGUGAGAUGGUGGGUCUCAUAAAAAAUAAUGAUUUACUUCUUAGGUUUGAGGGUUAUGUGAAUAACGAAGAAACGAACAAGAAGAUCAUUAGGAAUGCAUUUCGAUUCGGUGAUGCAGUUUUCAGUUCUGGUGAUUUGAUCUAUUGGGAUGAGUAUGGCUACUUGUACUUCAAGGACCGACGUGGUGAUACUUUUAGGUAUGGUACCAGGCUUGGACAGCUGCCUCUCGGACGAUUUCUAGAAUCGAUUGAAAAUCAAUCCGAGCGGAAAAUACCUCGGCAUCAUGCCGAUAAAUGGAAAGGUGAAAAUGUGAGUACAACAGAAGUGGAGGGUAUUUUGCAGCCAAUCAAAGAACUCUCGAAUAUCAUCGUUUAUGGUGUGGAAAUACCAACUGUCAUUUUUUGUGUUACAGAACAAGAAGGUCGUGCAGGUAUGGUAGCGGUAGUCUCAAAAGAGGGUACUUCACAUGAUCAACUGAUCGACAAAAUCUCAAGCCGUCUGAAAGCUAAUUUACCUCAGUAUGCGAUACCAGUUUUCUUGCGGUUUUGUGAUAAACUUGAUAUGACUGGAACGUUCAAACUGAAGAAAGUGAACUUACAACGAGAUGGGUUCAAUUUAGAACGUUGCUGUGAUGAUGCGAUUUACUUGUGGAACAGUUCGAAUGCGAAAUAUAUGUGA